GCGAAAUAAUGAAUGUUGAGGAGCCAUUUUGCAAAAACAGUAAACUAGUCAACUAUGUAAAUAUCUCGCCCUAAAAAAGCGUAUCCACCUGCAGCGAACGAAACCCUAGUUUCGCUUCUGUUCUUCGUUCAAUAUAGAGCUCUGUUUCCAGGUGUCUGCAUGAUUCCAUUGGUUGGUUAUCUGUCAAACAAUUUGGGUUAUCUCCAUAGUUAGCGGGUUCUCAAAAGAUUUGUUCUCAUAUCAAGUGCUAGAUUCUUGAUUUUGAAACAUGGGGACCCCAGAGACGUCUAGAGAACCUUGCCCCGACCGUAUUCUGGAUGAUGUUGGUGGUGCAUUUGGAAUGGGUGCUGUUGGAGGUGCUGCUUUCCACUUUAUUAGGGCCAUCUACAAUUCCCCUCAAGGAGCACGCCUAAGCGGAGGCACCCAAGCAGUGCGCAUGAAUGCACCUCGUAUAGGUGGUAGUUUUGCUGUUUGGGGUGGGCUAUUUUCCACAUUCGAUUGUACAAUGGUGUACAUCCGGCAAAAAGAAGAUCCCUGGAACUCAAUAAUAGCUGGUGCUGCUACUGGAGGGUUUCUCUCAAUGCGCCAGGGACUUGGCCCUGCUUCCCGGUCAGCAGUAUUUGGUGGGGUGUUACUUGCUAUGAUUGAAGGAAUUGGUAUCAUGGUGAACAAGGUUUUGAGUGCACCUCAGAAUUUGCCAAUGAUGGAAGAGCCAACACCCGAUAUGGCUGGUUUACCUGGAUAUCCAAUGGGACAGUUUCCAGGUCAGGGUCCGGCUAAUGUUGAGAUUUCAGGACACGAUCCAUCUUCGUCUUCAUCUUCCUCCUCAUGGUUUGGAGGACUUUUUGGUGGUGGAAAGAAGCAGGAAUCUGGUUCAAGUAGUGGAAGUAAAACAGAGGUAUUGGAGAGCUUCGAUUCAACAAGUCCUCCCCCAGUCCCGUCGUUCGAGUACAAGUGAAACAAUUUAAGAGCCAAUGUAAGCCAGAGAUUUAAGUUAUUUUCUUGCAUAAUGGUGCUCUUUUACUCGUUUAUUUUAUUGAAAGUAAUCAUUAUCCUCCAAAGUUUUGUAAUCACAUCACCGUUUUCCUUCCCCUAUAUCUUAGCUCCUUAUUACAGACCCACAGUGGUUACUGUUUAUAAAGAUGGAUCGUAUGAGCAUGACAUUUUAGGUUCAACGUUUGUACAUAUUCGGUGCUUUUCCUUAA